AUGGGAGCCAUCUUACCAAAGCUCCUGCAGUCCAGCCUUCUCGUGGCAUCCAUCUGGCCCUCGGUGAUCUCAACCGCGCACGUCCUUCCCAGCCCGAGCGGGCCCUACGCUGUUCUCUAUAAUACAUUCAAUAUCACCGAUGAAUCCCGCGUCGACCCGCUCGACCCCAAGAACGGAAUGCGAAAGCUGAUGCUCUCGUCCUUCUACCCCGUACAACGCUCCAUGUGCGAGCAGACAUGCACUGUUCCAUACGUAUCGCAAAACGUAGAACCCUUCGUUGAUCAGAUUGGCGGUGGAAUUGGAAUUCCUAGCGGCGCACUGGGCCAGAUAGCGCUGGAAGUGUGUUGCAAAACGAACGGCGAGGAAAACAGAAACGCAAGCAGCGUCCCGCUCGUGUUCCUCCUCCACGGCUUCGCUGGCACUCGACUUCUCCACAAUGCUCUCGCAGAGGAGCUAGCGAGUGGGGGCUUCGCCGUCGUCACUAUGGAUCACACAUUUGAGUCUGUCGCUGUCGAGUUCCCUGACGGCUCGGUGGUCCCCGGGCUCAAUGAUCCUUCCUGGGAUCCGACUAUUCCCGGGCGCCUAGAGCCUUUGCAAGAUAUACGCGUUGACGACGUGCGCUUUGUACUCUCGCAGCUCAGGAGCAGGGAGGUUGCAGCGAGAGCGGUACCUGGUGCCUUGUGUGGGUUCAACACCGAGCACGUCGCGGUCCUUGGGCACUCCUUUGGCGGCAGCACUUCUAUCAAGCUACUCAUGACAGACUCGCGCUUUGUCGGCGGCCUCAAUCUGGACGGUUUGCAGUUCGGUAAUAUCACCGAUGUGCAGCAGCCUGCCGUGUUGUUUGCGUCUAUGGGCCAUAACUCGACGAACGACCCGACCUGGGCGGAAACGCUGCAGCAUUUGAAGGGGUGGAAGGUAGAGAUUGGUUUGAAUAAUAUUACCCACUUUGGAUUUACAGAUGUGUCGUAUCUCAAUGGCACAGGGGCGUUGGCGCUUUCGAAGGAGGUGGCGGAUGGUUUGAUUGGGACGCUGAAUGGUAAGAGGAGUUUUAAGAUUGUGGCGACGUACGUGACGGAGUUUUUGGACUUGGUACUGAAGGGAAGGAACACAACGCUCUUUGAUGGUCCGAGCCAGAAGUUUCCUGAAGUCGUUGUGUUGUAG